GUCCGGUUGGGAGGAGGGACCUGAUUCCUGUUUCCUGCCCCAACUCACAGGGCAACUGGAGGUGAUCAAGAGCGGAGGGAACUGCCUGGUGAUGCCUUCAGGACCAGGUCCCCCUACCCCUGUUAAACUCAGACAAAGAUGUCAACCCAAUCUCUUCCCCCGGCAACACCUCCAUCUCAGAAGCCUCCUCGAGUCACUCGUCCGAACCCUCCUUCAAGAUCACGGACUAAUCCAUCCCCAGGGUCACUCUUCAAUGGGUCCUCUCACCAGGCAGUAGCCACCCCUCUUACUUCUCAAGAUCCAUUAAUCUUAACCUCACUCUCCCCACCGUGUGAUUCUCUCCCUACCUCUACCAAGCCCCUAAUUCUUCCAUCCACACCAUCCCCCAAAUCUAGCUCCCUUUCUUUGGCUCCACCAGAUUCUUCUUCCAGUUCCCCAAGUCCCCAGGCCCUGAGCCCUGGUCUCCCUAAGCUCCUUCCCCCAUUCCCAGUUUCCCAGAUCAAUUCCCCUGAACCUAUCAGUCCCUCCCAGUCUUCAUCUCCCAAAUUCCUGUCCCUGCCCCAUCACCCCUCAGUAUCUGGCACUGUCCGGAGACUAGCUGGGAGGUUUGAGGCAGGGUCCACAGUAGGGGACCAAAUUGGGGAAGCCCCACUCCAGGAUGGAGUGGAUGAGAAUGGAGAGAAAGAAGACUGCCAUGAGCGUCUGGCAGGGAGUGGACCCCAGGAGAAUGUAUGUCUGGAUACUCCUUUAUCCUGCCCACCUCGUUGUCCCUGUCUCUGUCAUUUGGCACAUCCUGGCCUGGAACUUAAGUGGGUAUCUGUAGGGGACAGUGAGGAAGUCCCUCGUGCUCCUCCUCGUUGUCCCACACGCUCUCUCCCCAGCCCCCCGAGUAACAAGAACACCUCUGUCAUUCUCACAUCCUACCGAUCCAUGGUGGAGCACAAACUCCUGCCCCCUCUCACACCUCCCAAGCCAACUUGGGCCAGGAAGGAGGCCACCUGCCCUGAGCAUCCUUCACAGACAGACUCCAACCUGCCCUCCAAAGAUGGGACUUGCCCAGGUGACAGUCUGGAAGAAUGUCCAGAGACCCCUGUGGGCAGAGACCAAGAACUAGAGGUUCUGAACGAGCAGGAUUGGUGCCUGCCUCUGCAGGAUGAGCCCCUGUACCAGACAGCUGUGCUGGCUGAAGAGCUGUGGGGAGUUGCCAAGGACGGGAAGCUCCUCCCAACAAACCUUAGAGAACCCUCAGAACCUCGAAAUACACUGUGGCAGGAGCUCCCUACGGUGCAGGAGAGUGGCCUCUUAAAGACCCUGAGCCCUCAGGAGAGGCGGAUGCAGGAGAGUCUAUUUGAGGUGGUGACAUCAGAGGCCUCCUACCUUCGUUCACUUCAACUACUGAUGGAUACCUUUGUGCUGAGUGCUUCGCUCCGAGAUACACUGACACCCCGAGACCACCAUACUCUGUUCUCUAACGUGCAUCGCGUCCAGGGUGUCAGCGAGCGGUUUCUGGGAGUUCUGCUAUCCCGAGUGAGGAGCUCCCCUCACAUCAGUGACUUAUGUGAUGUGGUGCAUGCCCAUGCUGAGGGCCCCUUCUCCGUGUAUGUGGACUAUGUGAGGAAUCAGCAGUAUCAGGAGGAGACAUACAGACGCUUGAUGGAGACAAACGUGCGCUUCUCAGCAGAACUGCAUCGGCUGCAGAGCCUGCCCCAAUGCCAGAGGCUCCCGCUGCCUUCCUUCCUGCUGCUUCCAUUCCAGCGCAUCACCCGGCUCCGCAUGUUGCUUCAGAACAUCCUUCGUCAGACUGAGGAGGGCUCCAGCCGACGAGAGAAUGCCCAGAGAGCACUGGAGGCCAUAAGUAAGAUUAUUGAGCGAUGCAGUGCUGAAGUCGGGCGAAUGAAGCAGACCGAGGAGCUGAUCCGGCUCAGCCAGAGGCUGCAUUUCCACAAAGUCAAGGCUUUACCUCUGGUCUCCUGGUCCCGGCGUCUGGAACUGCAAGGAGAGCUGAUGGAGUUGGGAAGCCGGAAGGGCAGGUCCCUCUUCAAUUCUCGCCCCAGACUUACUCCCCUCUGUCUCCUGCUCUUCAGUGACCUACUGCUCAUCACUCAGCCUAAAAGUGGGCAAAGGUUAUAUGUUCUGGAUUAUGCCCACCGAUCCUUGGUUCAGGCCCAGCCAGUUCCAGACCCUUCUGGUCCCCCGACUUUUCGCCUCUCACUACUCAGCAACCACCAGGGCUGCCCUACCCACCGACUACUCCAAACCUCUUCUCUGUCUGAUAUGCAGCGCUGGCUGGGGGCCUUCCCCACUCCGGGACCCCCUCCUUGUUCUCCAGACACCAUCUAUGAGGAGUGGGACUGCCCCCAGGCCCUGAGCAUAAAUUCUCAUGUAACUGCCAAGACAAAGGAUCUAAGCCUGGAGUCUGGGGAUCUUGUCAACCAGUUUCACAAAAGUCCAGAGGCCUGGCUGAAGGGUAUCCAUGGGUCGUAUGCUGCUCAGUUAGCAAGUGAGGUGACAGGUGAGCACACCCGACGGAAAAACCUGCAGCAGCAAAAGCAGUUACUUCGAGAGGCUGGGAAGCAACUACAUACGACGCCCACGCUCACCCUCUCCGGGUGCUAGGAGCAUCCUCCCGCACUAAGGUAGGUGCGUUGUGGACUUAGGCUUACAUCUCCCCGAAGACGCCAGUCUCGGAACAGCCAGCCAAUACGGGAGUGGCAUUCCUCUGAAUAGCCAAUGAAGCCAGAGUCAUCUCAAACCCAACCAAUGAAAAUGAUAGUUUCCUGAAUUAUCAACCAAUGGGAGACACAUACUCAAGAUACAGGAGCCAAUGAAGAUAGAGCUAUAUGCCUCUUUUUUCUUAAAAAGACUGGAGAACAAAGUCUCUUCAUCCCCUAUGUGCUUACAGCUUGUGGGGACCCGUGGUGGCCAAGAAGCCAUUUUCAUUCAGGACCUGGUGUGUAAAACUUGUAUAUGGAGUGUUCGUUCAGGAAGGACUAGAACCUCUGGUGUGAGAGUUUGCCAAGCCCUUUUCAGGGCUGCUCAUCCACCUCGGGUGUCUAUCUGGCACUCAACUCUUAUUUGUGGCUCCAAGGAGCUGUAGCAUAGGCAGCAGCCACGUCCUAGUAAACUGUCUAGGCAAAUGAGCUAAUCCAGGUUGAGGGUAAUCAACAGGCCUCAGACCUGCCAGUGAGUUAGGAGGAUGUCUUUCCCAAGCACCUGAAGACUUUCCUGGCCUAAUGGGCCGAUAAGAACAGUUCAUUCCAAUGGCCACGAAAGCAGCUGAAGCAGGUGCUGUGAAGCACUUAGACCUUGCCAAGUCAACCACUGCAUCCCGGACUAUCACCAGUUGUCCUGACUUGCCUUACCAUUGGACUUUCAUGACUCUGGAAGAGAGCUAGAGUGUGUAACUCUGCCUCACUUAAAUCCAAUGCACAUUUAAAUCAAGAAAUCACCCCAGGAUGUCAUUGGUCCUCUUUGAAAGGAAGUAUGAACAGUUUACAGAUUAUGAGGACACCAAAGGCCAAGGAAGCCAAUGUCAUUCAGGACCAAACAGCCAAUGGGGAAUAAAGGCACUAAUGUGGUAACCAA